UUGGGUCCUGCUGCAGAUGAAGCCUGUCGGUAUGUGACUGGAAUUAUGGGUAAAAACCCGUUACUCCUGAGAGAGCUGAAUCUGAGUGGACAUGAACUAGGAGACACACGAGUGAAUCAGAUCGCUGCUCUACUGCAGGAUAAACACUGUAAACUCAACACACUGCUUCUGUGUAGAUGCAGGAUUACAGAGAAACAGUGUCUCAUCCUGACUUCAGCUCUGAAAUCAAACCCAUCACACCUGAGAGAACUGAACCUGAGCUGGAAUAAACUCGGAGACUCUGGAGUGAAACACCUCAGUGAUCUACUGAUGAACACACAAUGCAAGCUGGAGAAACUAGAUCUGUGUGGAUGCAGUAUUACAGAGAAACAGUGUCUCAUCCUGACUUCAGCUCUGAAAUCAAACCCAUCACACCUGAGAGAACUGAACCUGAGCGGGAAUCAAAUAAAAAACACAGGAGUGAAUCACUUAUGUGACAUACUGAAGGAUUCACGCUGUAAACUGGAGAGAUUGAGGUUAAGUGAAUGUGAAAUGACAGAUGAAGGUUGUUCUGCUGUGACUUCAGCUCUGAAAUCAAACCCAUCACACCUGAGAGAACUGAACCUGAGCUGGAAUAUACUCGGAGACUCUGGAGUGAAACACCUCAGUGAUCUACUGAUGAACACACAAUUCAAGCUGGAGAAACUAGUUCUGUAUAGAUGCAGUAUUACAGAGAAACAGUGUCUCAUCCUGACUUCAGCUCUGAAAUCAAACCCAUCACACCUGAGAGAACUGAAGCUGAGCUGGAAUCAAAUAAAAAACACAGGAGUGAAUCACUUAUGUGACGUACUGAAGGAUUCACGCUGUAAACUGGAGAGAUUGAGUCUUUAUGACUGUGGCAUUACAGAUGUUUCUUCUUUAACUCAGUCUUUGAGAAACACAAAAGCUCUGCAGUUUCUAAAAGAGCUUGAUCUGAGUGAUAAUAUGAUUAGAGACUCAAAGCAGCAGCUCAUUGAUGUGCUACGAGACUCAAACUGUAAACUGAGUGUAGAUACACAUCCAUCACCAGAAGUCCCUGAUAGAGAUCCAUCACCAAAAGGUGAUAAAUGCUGUAUAUCAUAGUUUGAAGUCGUCUUGAGAGGAGCAGUAAACAUCAGGUGAAGAUCCACAGAAGAGCUUCACUACUGCGUCUAUGAGGAGAAAUAAAUGUGUGAUAAAUGUGUAAAUGUGAUCCAUACACGUGAAGAGACUCAGACUUUACAAUGAAAUAAUGCAGCAUGUGUGUUAGAAACAUGAUAUUGAAUGAUUAAUGUUGUUUUAGUAUUCAAAAUAAUGAUCAUUUUGUUUCAUUUAAAGCUGGAACAGAGAAAGAAGCUCAGAUGA